GUAUUCGCUGGUGUCACAUUCGGUGAACUUAUCGUCAUUACCAUUUUCGUUGCCGUUCACAAGCACAGCAUUCGAUGGAAGAAAGGUGCCGCAAGAAUUGCGGCAACACUCUCACAUAAAUAUCAGGUUGAACAGAAUAUCAAAUCAGCGUUGAAGCUGCUGCCUCUAGCUGCAACGAAUGCCACAUGCAGUUUGAUAACUGCAUUAGCAAUUGUUUGGUUACACACAUAA